AUGUAUCCUAAGAAAGAGGUGUUGUCUUUAGAGAAGAAUGCUGAACGGGGGGCAGUGAAGGCUGCCUAUUGCUGGGAGGACGGGAUGUUGGCUGCCGUUUGGCAGGAUCGGCAGCCGGUGCACUUUCUGUCGACGUGCCACGGGCUGAGCAUGGGAGAGACGACGCGGCGAGCGGGCUCAGUGAGUGAGCCGAUUGUGUGCCCAGAGAUUGCUUUUGAGUACAACAAGUAUAAGGAUGCAGUAGAUCAGUUCGAUAAGUCGUGUCUAGGGUUGGGUUACAGUAUUGAGAUGGAGAUCGUGUCUAGGAAGUGGUGGGUCCGGGUCAUCCUCGGGCUGCUAGACGGAGCCAUGCACAACGCAUACGUGCUGUACCACGAAGCCAGAGGUUUCGAG